AUGCCAGCAAAUUAUAAAAGACGUUCUAUUGAAGAAGAAGAAGAGUUUAGAAAUUUAAAACGACUCAAACGAGCUAAACAGCAAAAAAAUAGACGAUCAUAUGAUAAAUUCAUAGUACAACCAUUAGAUGUACAAGAAAAUUAUAUAGGAGAAAUGAAUGUUAUAUGCAAACAUUGCAAAGCUAAGCAUUUUAUAUCUGAAGAAGUGAACAAUAAAAAGAAUUCAUUUAAUGACUGUUGUAAUCAUGGUGAAGUUGAACUUGAGUCAUUGCCUGAUCCACCUCAACUUAUAAAAGAUUUAUUCAAUCGUAGUCACGAAUGUUCAGGGAUUUUUCAUGAACGAAUACGAUUGUAUAAUAACGCGUUUGCACUGGCUUCUUUCAACUCAAAUUUAGUCAAAUUUCGUUCGAAUAAUCGUCCUGGCCCAUAUUGCUUCAAAAUACAAGGUCAAAUUUAUUACCAAAUAAAUACUUCUUUGUAUCCACAUGAAGAAGAAACUCCUUCAUUCGGUCAACUUUUCAUAAUUGACCAGAAUGAAGCUGCUGACAUUCGAUCACGCGUGAAUGGAGUUUCAAGUUUGAAUAGAGAAAUUAUAGAUGGGAUUGGCAAUAUUCUUCGUGAUAUAAAUGUAUUUGCUCGAUCAUACAGAAUGAUGCAUGAAGAGUUGCAACAAACAAUGUUGAACAAUAAUGAACAAAUAGAACCAGAAAUGAAAUUAAUAUUUUCUUUAAAGCCUGGAAUGGAUACUCGACGAUACAUUGAGCAGAGAAUUAAUGAAGUUGCUGCAAUUUUUACAACGACUGCUGAUGGAGAUAUUCCUGAAUCGUAUGUAACAAUACAUAAUAAAAACACUAAAAAACUAGAAUAUGUUAGCUCAAUGGAUCCAAAUGUUGAACCGAUGGUGUAUCCAUUGUAUUAUCCAUACGGUACAAGAGGAUGGCACAAAGAUAUUCCAUGUGUUAAUAAAUCAAAACGUGUUUCAAGAGCUGCUUAUACUAAGUAUAGAAUGGCAACUCGGGAUGAGAAUAUAUUCUUAAUGGGUGGAAGACUAUUUCAGCAAUGGGUGGUUGAUAGUUAUGUCAAAAUUGAAAAAGAUAGAAUGAAUUUCUGUCGAAUAAAUCAAAAAAAAAUUCGUGCAGAUAGUUAUCAAGGGCUUAUUGAUCAUUUGCAACAAAGAGUGAACGAAAGUGAUGGACGUUUUGGAAAAAUAGUAAUUCUUCCAUCAACUUUCACGGGCUCUCCACGGAAUAUGCUUCAACAUUACCAAGAUGCAAUGUCCAUAGUAAGACGUUUUGGUAAACCAGAUUUAUUUAUAACAAUGACAUGUAAUCCAAAUUGGCGAGAAAUCAAAGAAAAUUUAUUAUAUGAAAAACUUUUUGGUGAAGUUCAAGCGUAUGUUUAUGUGGUUGAAUAUCAAAAAAGAGGAUUACCACAUGUUCAUAUUUUAAUAACGCUAAAACAAAACAGUAAAAUCAGCACUUCAAAUAUCGUCGAUAAAUACAUUGCUGCAGAAAUUCCAGAUAGAGAUUCAAAUCCUAGACUUCAUGAUAUUGUCAUUAAAAAUAUGAUUCAUGCGUGUGGAGAUUGGUGCAGAAAUGAUCAAAAUAAAUGUUCAAAGAAUUUCCCGAAAUUAUUUCAAAAAGAAACAUUAAUGGAUGAAAAUGGAUAUCCAACGUAUCGUCGUAGAAAUACUGGUGUUUGUCUAGGUCCAAAUGAAAAAUCUAUUGAUAACCAGUACGUUGUUCCUUAUAAUUCUGUAUUAUUAUUGUUAUUUGAUUGUCAUAUAAAUGUAGAAGUAGUGUCGAGUAUAAAAGCAAUAAAAUAUCUAUACAAAUAUAUAUAUAAAGGACAUGAUGCCGCUUCAAUCGUUUUAACUGAUUCUAAUAAAAAUAUUGAACAUGAUGAAAUUAAAAAUCAUAUAGAGACUCGAUAUGUAGGUCCUGUUGAAGCAUGUGAUCGGAUUUUUGGGAGACCAUUGCAACAAAAAAGUCAUUCUAUAAUAAGAUUACCAGUGCAUUUAUCGAAUCAACAGAAUGUUACUUUGACUGAUGAAGCUGGUGAGGAGUCUAUACGUGCAGCAAUGGACCAACAUACAAUGUUAAUGGAUUAUUUUGCUUUAAAUGAACGUGAUCCGUUGGCUAAGACAUUUACUUAUGCAGAAAUCCCUGAACAUUAUGUAUUUAAAAAAGGAUCAGGUCCAUGGCAAAAACGUAAAAAACAUUUCAACGUUAUUGGGAGAAUGUAUUCUAUUAGUCCGAGUCAAGUUGAAUUGUUCCACCUGAGAUUACUGCUAUUAACAGUUAAAGGAGCUACAAGUUUCGAAAAUAUCAGAGUGAUUGAUGGUGUAACGCAUGACAGUUAUCACAGUGCAUGUUUGGCAUUAGGCUUAAUUGAAGACGAUGAAGAAUGGGAUCGUUCAAUGACAGAAGGUGGUGUGUGGAUGAUGCCUCAUCAAUUGCGGAAUUUAUUCGUUCGUAUUUUGAUUUAUUGCCAUCCUGUUAAUCCAGAGAAGCUUUGGGAAGAUCAUAAAGACUUCAUGGCUGAUGAUUUUAAAAGAAAACAUAGCUUGACUCAAUCAUAUGCAAGAGCAUAUCGAGAAAUAAAUAACCUUCUUUUAAGAGAAAAAUCAGAUCUUAGUAAAUUUCCAACAAUGCCAUCGCUGAUUGAAUUUGAGAAAAUAGAUAGUAUAAAUGAUAAAGAAAUCGUCAUCAAUCAUAAAGAAAUCGGUUCAGCUCAAUAUGCAAAUUUGAAUAUCAAACAAAAGAUCAUAGUUGAUCAACUAAUCAAUGCAACAUUGUACAGUGAAAAUGAUUCAUCAAAAACAUGUUUUUAUAUUGAUGGACCAGGUGGAUCAGGAAAAACAUAUGUUUACAGUACCAUUUAUCAUUUAUUGAAGAGUAAAGGAAAAAAUAUUGUUACAAUGGCUUUUACAGGCAUAGCAGCUAUAUUACUUCCAGCAGGAAGAACAAUGCAUAAUGUUUUUGGCAUGCCUGUUCCAAUCUACACUGAUUCAACAUCAAACAUUAAGUUGCAAUCGAAAGAAGCCAAAGAACUUGAAAAUAUUGAUGUAAUAAUUUGUGAUGAAGCACCAAUGGCGCCUAGAUAUUGUAUGGAGUUAGCUGAUAGAACUUUACGUGAUAUCACAAAAUUAGAUUUACCGUUCGGUGGAAAAAUAGUUCUAAUGGGUGGUGAUUUUAGACAGCUGUUGCCAGUACUUAAAAAUGUGGCUGUAUUAGCAGCAAGACAUAUAGAUGUAGAUGAUAUAAAUGAAAGAGUUGUGCAGCUUCUAGACAAAAACUCAGAGAAAAUUUAUACAGGUGUGGAUAGUACACAAAAUUGUGAUAAUAGUGAUCUUGAAGAUGUUCUAUUACCGGAGUAUUUGAAUACUUUGAAUCCUCCAAAUUUUCCACCUUAUAAAUUAAAAUUAAGAUUGAAUUGCAUUGUUAUGCUUCUUCGAAAUCUGAGUACAGGUGAAGGUGAUAUUGAUCUUUUGGCUUUAAAUAAGGAAAGUUACAUAAGCUUUACUAAACGUGUUAAAAAUACUAAGAUUGAAUUACGUUUUAUAGACUCCUUUGAAUUCAUGGGCAGCUCAAUAAGUACACUGGCGAAUGAAUUAGAGGAUAAUGCUAAAAGUAUAAGUCGUAGUUAUUGUGAAAAUUUGAAACAAUUUAAAUUAAUAACAGAAAAAGGUAUAUUUCCGUAUGAUUAUAUUGAUUGUUGGGAAAAAUUUGAUGAAGAACAAUUGCCCUCAAAACUUGAUUUUUAUUCUCAACUUAAUGAAGAGCAUGUGAGUGAUGAUGAUUAUGCUCAUGCUUGCAAUGUAUGGAGAGUAUUUAAAUCAAAAAAUCUGGGAGAAUACUCAGAUUUAUAUCUCCGUACAGAUGUUCUUCUUUCAGCUGAUAUGUUUGAAAAUUUUAGAUAUUUUUGUUUGAAUACCUAUGAUUUAGAUCCAGCUCAUUAUUACACUCUCCCAGGGUUGAGUUUUAACGCAAUGUUAAAAUAUUCAGAGAUUGAGUUGGAAUUAUUGAUAGAUGUUGAUAAAUUAUUGUUUAUUGAAGGGGGUAUUAGAGGCGGCUUAUCACAAUGUUCACAUCGUCAUCUUUCUGCAAAUAAUAAGUAUAUGAAAGAAUAA